UUCACGGCGACGGUAGGUUUCAUGACAAAUGGCAACUACGAUCAUUGUUAUGCUUACACUUUUAAUUAUUCGCUGAUACGUACGCCAACUAAUGGCAUUUUUUUUAGUUAAAAAAUCAUUUUCGAAGUAUUAAUAUUAAUAUUUAUUUUUUUUAAUUUUCUAGUUUUUUUUACUUCUGUCUUUUAUUAUACGGUGUCCGUCAUUCGAAUUCUUUGUAGCGGUACAAAAUGCGCGUAAUCUUCCUUUUCAUGCAAGAGGAUUUACAUCAAUGAUUGUACUGUAUUUAGAUUAUUAAAUUUUACAUAAUAUAUUAUCUAACUAUUCAUUCAUAGCAUAAAGGGAAACUAUAAGAAGAUUUAUACCAAGCUAAAGUUAACUAAGUGAGAAUUAAAGUGCGAUUCAUUUUUAGUUCAGUUCAUUUUUCUUUUUUGGAUACAAUUCUUAUAAAUACAGCAAACUUUGGUUUUACUUAAUUAUUAAAUUGAAUACAUUUUAUUUUCGUGGCUUAUGACUAAAGUGAAUUUUUGGUGAUUCGUGAUCAUAAAAUUUCUUACUGUAAAUUUUCAAAUGACUUCACAAUGUCAUUCCAAUGAGGGGUCCAGUUGCACCAUUUAAUAUUUCGCCAUCUAUAAAUAUGAUGAUGAUGGAUGACUGCUCUUAUAACGGUGGUAAACAAAGUGGACAACAGCAACUUCACCAGCAACAACAACAAAUGCAACAGCAAGGUGGUGGAGGUGGUUUUGGUCAAAAAGGGGAAGAUGGACUAGGUGGACCUACUAAUAAAGUCAAGUAUACUAUGCCAGGUGUCUUGCAUUAUAUACAACAUGAAUGGUCUAAUUUUGAAUUAGAAAGAUCUCAUUGGGAAAUAGAUAGAGCUGAAUUACAAGCAAGAAUAGCAUUUUUACAAAGUGAAAGAAAAGGCCAAGAUAAUUUAAAGAAUGAUUUAGUUCGUCGAAUUCAGAUGUUAGAACAUGCUCUUCGAUCUGAAAGAGCCAAGUAUCAUAAAUUAAAAUAUGGGACUGAAAUUUCACAAACUGAAAUGCAAUUACCUUCAGCAUCAUCAAGUGUACCAGAUGAAUAUUCUACUAUACCUGAUGUGAAUACAGAUUCUGAAACACCUUUGUCAUCUAUUACAAAUGUUAGUUGGAAACAAGGCAGACAACUUUUAAGAGAAUACCUUCAUGAAAUUGGUUAUACGGAUACAAUUAUUGAUGUUCGAUCAUCACGCGUGAGAAAUUUAUUGGGUUUAAAUAAUAACAAUAACAAUUUUAGUGGUGGAGAGCAAGGUCAAAGUGAUAACAAUCAGAUUAAUGGUAAUAACUAUAAUAAACGUUUCAGUGACAAUCAAGGACAAUGUUCACCUACAAAACGACAGCAAAGUCAGAAAAAACUUUUAGAUGCUGAAUCAGCUGUUAUGGCUAAUUUUGAGUUUUUAUCUACCAUGCGCGGUGCAAAUGAGUCAGGUGAUGUGGAUAUGGAUGAUGAUGGUGUUGAUGAUGAAGAUGAUGAUGAUGAUGAUGACGAUGAAAUGGGAAUGACAGAUGAUGUGAUAGAUAUGACUUCUAUUUGUAAAUUUGGCCCUGAUGAUGUUGAUGCUGAGGCUGAAGAAGUUGUUAAUGAACUACAGUUAUUAACAGAAGACAUGAGUAACAAAGAAAAUGAUCAGAAUGAUUGGAAAAUGUCAAAUACGGAUGUAUUUAAUAGAAAUACAGGAAAUGCUAAUUGGAGAAAAAAUAAACCUACGGAAAUGGUUGAUGGUAAUAUGGAUCUAUCUUUAGGCUUAGGCGAACUAGCACAACUUACUGUCAAUAAUGAAUCUGAAAUUAAUGUUGAUGUUGUUGAUAUGAAAUCCGCUUCACGUAAAACAUGGAAUGCUAAAUAUACUUUACGAAGUCAUUUUGAUGGAGUUCGUGCAUUAGCUUUUCAUCCAACAGAAUCUAUAUUAAUUACAGCUAGUGAAGAUCAUACCAUGAAACUGUGGAAUUUACAAAAAACUGUUGCUCCUAAAAAAUCUGCUUCACUAGAUGUAGAACCUUUGUAUACCUUCCGAAGCCAUACAGGUCCUGUUUUUUGUUUAGCUGUUAGUAAAAAUGGUGACUAUUGUUACAGUGGGGGGUUAGAUAAUGUGAUCAAAGUAUGGUCUAUGCCUUCAGCUAAUAUUGAUCCAUAUGAUUCAUAUGAUAAGAACAUUCUUGUGAAUAACUUAGAAGGUCAUGAAGAUGCUGUUUGGGGACUUUCUGUUCAUCAUAAGCGCUCAGAAAUAUUAUCUUGUUCAAGUGAUGGAACAGUAAAACUUUGGUCACCAACUAAUCUAAAAACACCAUGUUUAUCUUCUUAUGUUUCCGAUCAAGAUGAAACUCCUACUUCUGUUGAUUAUGUGAGAGAUGUAGAAGGACAAUUUGUUGCAUCUUAUACCUCAUCUCACUGUGUUAUAUUUGACAUUGAAACAAAAAGUCCUAUCACUCGAUUAGAAUGCUCAAAAGAUCCUGCUGAAAUGGCUACUCAGUUGAUUCAUAGGGUGAAAUGCCAUCCAACACUGCCUUUAACUAUAACAGCUCAUGAUGACCACCACAUUCGAUUUUUUGAUAAUAAUAGUGGAAAAAUGGUUCAUUCAAUGGUUGCACAUUUAGAUGCUGUUACCAGUUUAGCUGUUGAUCCUAAUGGAUUAUAUCUUUUGUCAGGAAGUCAUGAUUCAUCUAUAAGAAUAUGGAAUUUAGAAAGUAAAACUUGUGUUCAAGAAAUAACAGCACAUCGAAAAAAACUUGAUGAAUCAAUAUUAGAUGUUGCAUUUCAUCCAUCAGAAGCAUACAUUGCAAGUGCUGGAGCAGAUAGCCUAGUCAAAGUAUUUGUAUAGGUACAGUAAGUUAAUUAUAAUUUAAAAGGCACUUCAUUAACUUGUUAGUGUCAAUAUUUGACCAACUUUCGAUCAAAUUCAUCAUCUUAGUGAUUUUGCAGUAAUCAUGAUUUAUUGAUUUGAAUUAUAAAUUAUUAUUAUUAUUAUUAUAAUUAUACAUAUAUAUUUUUUGGAAUGUACUAUUUUUUUUUGUCUGAAACUAAAAUACAAGAAAACAAUUUUGUCCAUAAUGAUUAUAUUUCUGUGAUUUUAAUUUUUAGUAAAAAAAAAUAAUAGUUAGGGAUAUUCUAUUUAUUAACUAUUAUGUUUGUAUGUCAUAAAAAUUAUUGUCCAAUUUAUGAUAUUAAUUUAUAUUUAUUUCUAUCCCAAUAAUAACUAAAAUAAUAUUUAAGAGCAUUUUGUUAUUGUAUUUUGCUUUUGCUGUUGUACAAUUCUUACAGUGAAUUUUGUUCAUUUUAAGUUUUCUCUUUGGGCUAAUAAUAAACUAAAUUACUAAUUUUCUCUGACUUAACUGAUUCAUGUUUUCCAAGAAUUAAAUUAACUGUGUAAGUAUUGAGUAUUUUGUUGAAUACAAUACUUAUGUAUAGUGUAAAUUUUAAUUAAAAACAAAAUUGUGUAAAUUAUAUUUGUUGGCAGAUAAUCAUAAUAAUUUAUCAAAAGUUUCACUUUAUUUUAAAUUUCUAACUAAAAAAAAUUGAAUCUCGUUAUUUGAACAUUUCAGCUACACUUAAUAUUGGGUUUUUAACAUGUGUUAAGUGUCAGGAAAUACUUUGAAUUUUAUUAUUUCAAAAACUUUGAAAAGUUAUUAUAAAUUUAAACUAUUUUAACUACUUGUUUGGAUUGUUCUAGUCAUGUAUAUUUUGUAUUCUUAUUCAUUAUGCCAUUUUAAAAAUGUAAUAACUAAACACUAAAUAAUUAUUUGUAGAACAUUCAAUUUUCUCAAAAAAAUUGCAUUUAAUCAACAAAUAAUGUGCAACAGUUAUAUUAAUGUUAUAUUUAAUUAAACAGUAUAUAAUUGAAUAAUUUUUUAUAUAUAUAUAUAUAUAU